AUGGCAGAGAGUGAGCUUGCGCCUAAGUUUGCUCCGUUCUUUUCCUUCGCCGGAAUUGCUGCAGCAAUGAUCUUCGGGUCGGCAGGAGCAGCUUAUGGCACAGCAAAGUCCGGCAUUGGUAUUGCGGGCGUGGGAACUUUUAGGGCCGAUCUCAUCAUGAAGUCUCUCAUCCCCGUUGUUAUGUCCGGUAUCAUCGCAGUCUACGGUCUCGUCAUAUCUGUGCUCAUUGCGGGAGCAUUAGACCCAAGUGGCCACAUGAGCUUAUAUACAGGGUUCAUGCAUCUCGCCGCUGGAAUGUCAGUCGGUCUAACAGGAGUGGCUGCGGGCUAUACAAUUGGAAUUGUGGGUGAUGCAGGUGUUCGAGCAUACAUGCAACAGUCUCGGGUCUACGUGGGAAUGAUCCUCAUUCUUAUUUUUGGUGAAGUUCUUGGGCUCUAUGGCUUGAUUGUUGGUUUGAUCCUAAACUCGAAGUCUUGA